GUAGAGAGGAGAGAGCCAAAGAAUAAGAAUGCAAAGGGAUUCAGGGAGAGAGGAAGAGACCAGGACCGAAAUAUGAGCAGCACACAGAGUUGGAGACCAAACCAGAGCUGGAAUAAAAGUGCUAGACUGAAACAACUGGAUGAGAAUGUUGCUCCAGGUCUGGUUUCUGGGUAAAAAGACCUGAAUAAUGCAACUUCUUGACAAGGGUGGAGAUAUGAACCAAUAAACAUCAACAUUUAGGUUGUAUGGGAGAUGUGAAGAUGAUGUCAUGUCAACUCCAUCUGCUAAUGAAGGCCACAAGAUGCAUCUGAAAAUGGACCUUGCUAUGUAUUUGUUGUCAAAUUUUUCAGAUUAGAUGAGAUCAAAACUGCAGGGAUGUUGGUAAUGAGGACCAAGCAGCAGUCAUCCAGUGCAUCACAGAAUGAAGGGCCAUUACCACUCUCCAGUGAGAGAGAGAGAGAGAGAGAGAGAGAGAGACAUUCAGCUGCUGCUGUCCAUCUUGGCCCCUGAGUAGCACCCUGCUCCUGGCACAAAGAGUCCUCAGUUUGAUGUUGACCUGAUUCUUGACAGGACAUCCCCACCGCAGGGUCAGCUAAUAGAUGACCUCAACAGAUCUGGCACUCACAGCCCCGCUGGGACUUCAGUCAGCCCUCACCUCACAGGCUCAUACUAAUACAUUUGCCCCUGGCCAGACGUACUUCCAAACCUUUUUUGUGAACCAGAUACAUUUGUCAACAUCACAACCAACACCAAUACACUCAUGCAGGGUGGUACUGUUGUAGUUGGGCUUUACUCUUGUUUUCUUGAGACCCCCACCACCCAUGCCCCAUUGCCUUCCUCAUAACUGUACCGCUGAUGCAUUAGCCUCAACAGGUGUUCUUUUCCGAAAGGAUCACUUAGGUAUAUUUAGAUUUUGAAACCUGAGAACACUGGCCUCUGAUUGGCUGUGUUGGCCACAUGAUAACCUGGGUAGAAACUGCAGCUGUGUGCUGUCGCCCAGCGUUUCUCUGGAGGGUAGCUGGGGAGGCUUUGGCGGCUUGGGAGACCAUUAAACUCUUAAACGACUGGUAAGCAAAGAAAAGGAGAAAAAACACAAACAUCCAUAUUUUCUCCAUUCUGCAUGGCAUUAUAUCUGCUCGGACUGUGAUCUUUUCCAUCCUCUGCUGACACCUGGACCUUGGAGGACAGCUGAUGGAGGACUAAGGAGUGUGAAGGCUCUGUUGCACAUUUGAAGGAGUAACCAAACAAUUCAGAACUGCAAACCUCCUGCAAGAUCUUAUACCAGACCUACCUUUGGAUGUUUCUCUUGGCAGCAGUCUGGCCAUUUUGUCUACUUUCCAAAAUCUCAGCACCUGUCUUGCUAGUUUGUCCUUCUACCUGAAGUGUUCCACCAAUUAUUUUGUUGAUUUAUGGAGGAAAUUUAUAUUUUUAAUUUAAAGAGAGGGGAAUCAAGCGCUAAAAAAGGUAGUUAGUAUGCCAUCCUAUAUUUAACCUGCAGCCUCAGAAGGCAUUGCAUCUCUGUUAGCUAAACAGAGUCAACCAAUCAGGCUGUGGCAUUAGCUUACAUGUCAAAUAGCUGAAACACUGUUGGGCAGCUGUCACAAACCUUCAGCCAGGAGGCCUAGAUCUUUGAGUUGUGUUGUGGCAAGUGAGGAAGGAGGGGUGGCUGUCACACAUUCAAAGCCAGAGGCCUGUUAUAAAGUACUCUCUCACCUUCCUAAUCUGCCCUUCUCCCUGUGUCAUUAUUGAUUUACACUUGCAGCACAGUUUGUGAGGUGUUUCACACAUUUUUAUUACUUUGUUUAGGAUUGAAGCAAAUCACAAAGUUGGACUUUCAGUUUGAGACCCUAGUGGAUGGCAAGUGAAGCGUCCUAACUGUCAGGAAAUACUGCGGGAAUCUUUCUCUGAACCUCUAAAACCGUCCAAAAAUGACGGAAGUCGUGGAGGAAUAUGAAGAAUUUGAGGAGGAGGAGGAGGAGGAGGAAGUAGAGGAGGAGAUUGUAGAGGAGUAUGUUGAGCAGAUUACAACAACAUCGACUGUCGCUGAGCACACGUCUCAGGUCCUUCAGUCUGGCUUGCCCACCAGGAAAGUCAAGAAGAAGAUCAAGGUGGAUACUUCUCAGUUCAUGACUCCAUACCUGGCUCACAGCCAGAAGAUGCUGGAGCAGUUCAGCCACAAUAAGUAUCGGCAUGCCUAUGACAUGUCCAGAGGACACCCUCCUGCCAUCAGCACUGAUACUCCUGAAAUGAUUCGCAUCAGGAAGGCACAGGAGCAGCUUAGUGAGGUUAAAUACCGCAUGGAGGGAAAUAAGGCUCGGACAACCAGCUUGUAUGAUGGUGAGGCCAGAGAGAUCGCCCACGUCAAGCAUGUGUCUGAACUGAUCAGCAAGGUCCUGUACAGACAGAAGUGGGAUGAGACUAAGGACAGGUACCUGCUGCCUCCCGAUGCGCCUGAGCUGGUCUUGGCUGUGAAGAAUGCUGCUAACUACAGCAAAAAACUCUACACAGAGAGCUGGGAUGAAGAGAAGACCAUGUUCUACCCUUACAGCGACAGCCCUGAGCUGCGCAGGGUGGCCAAGGCUCAGGAGGUCCUCAGUGAUAUUCACUACAAGAAGGGUCACGAUCAGCGCAAGGCCAAGUACACCUCCCUGGCUGAUCCUCCUGAGGUGGAACUGGCGAAGAGAGUGGCCCAUCAGCGAAGUGAUCUUAAGUACAAGGAAGACUACAAUAAAAACGUGAAAGGUCAAUGGUGCGAGACGCCCUACUUCGAUGUGGCCAUUGCCAGGGUGGCGAUGGACAACCUCAGCAAUAGAAAGUACACACAAGCAUUUGAGGAUAUAAAAGACCAAAUUUAUUACAUGCAAACAGACACGCCCGUUUACGACACAAACAAGAAGGCUCGUAUUGCUGCUAGUGAGGUCCAAUACAAGAAGGAAUAUGAGAAGACAAAAGCACAGUCUGAUUACAACACGCUCCCCGCCACAGAGAAUCCUCUCCUCAGACAGCUCAGAUAUGCUGGCACCAUCCUCAGUGAUAAAGUAUAUAAGGCCAACUAUGAGAAAUCCAGGGGUUUCAGCAUCAACUAUUGUGACACGCCCAAGUUCCACAUGGACUCAGUACUUAAACAGUUCACUGAUGCACAUUACAAAGAUAAGUAUGACAAUGAGGUGAAGGGCCACUACAUUGGAAGUUAUGAGGAUCUCUACAUGCUUCACUGCCAGAAAGUUGAGGAAAUGAAGAAUGAGCAAACAUAUAAAGCUGAAUAUGAAGACAUUAAAACAAGAUGCUUCUUCCCCCAAACAAUUACGCCUGAAUAUGAAGCUAGUAAGAAGCUUCAAAACUGCAAAGAUAAAGUUUACCGGCAACAUCCGGACACAGUGAAAUUUACACAAGUGGCGGAUUCGCCAGUUCUGGUUCAAGCAGCCGUCAACGCCAAACAGCUAAGUGACUUGAACUACAAAGCAAAGUAUGAGGAAACUAAGUUCAAGUGUAGUCUGCCCCCAGACUAUCCCUUCUUCAUCCAGUCCAGAGUUAACGCUUUUAACCUCAGUGAUAGCUGUUAUAAGUAUGACUGGGAGAAAUCUAAAGCGAAGAAGUUUGAGGUCAAGGGUGAUGCCAUCUCAAUCCUUGCUGCCCGUGCUCACACAAACAUUGCCAGUGAUGUUAAAUAUAAGAAGGAGUAUGAGAAGAACAAGGGACAGAUGGUCGGAGCCCUCAGCAUUAAUGACGAUCCCAAGAUCUUGCACUCCGUUCAUGUUGCCAAAAUCCAGAGUGAGCGUGAAUAUAAAAAGGACUAUGAAAAGAUAAAGACCAAGUACCAUGCACCAUUGGAUAUGAUGUCGGUCACUUUGGCCAAGAAAUCCCAGGCAAUUGCCAGCAUGGCCGGGUACAGAAGCAUCAACCCCAACUUCUACCUUCCCUACGAUAGUGUGUUGUUGGACCUGGCCAAGAAAGCCAACAUCAUCCAGAGUGAUAAUGAGUACAAGUCUGACUACAACAGCUAUACCAAGGGUAGCCCAUGGGUCACCUUUGGCUCAAUGGAGGUGGAAAAAGCUAAGAAUGCAGGUCGGAUCCUUGAUGAGAAAAAAUACAGACAGCACCCAGACACAAUCCCCUUCACUUCUAUUGACGACCAUCCCAUCAUGAUGCAGGCCAAAGUCAACCAGCUUCAGAGGAGUGAUAAAUUCUACAAGAGAGGUCUAGAGGAGAUUCAUCAGAAGUACUCUCUUCCUCCUGAUGUCCCCGAGUUCCUCCAGGCCAAGUGCAAUGCCUACAACGUCAGCAAUAAAAACUACAAGCUUGCCUGGCAGGAGAUGAUUGCUAAAGGUUAUGACCUGAAGCCUGAUUCUAUCCCUAUUAUUGCUGCCAAAGCUGCCAGACAUGCUGCCAGUGAUGUCCAAUAUAAAAAGGCUUAUGAGAAGGCAAAGGGCCACCAUGUUGGCUUCCGCAGCCUCCAGGACGAUCCUCUGCUGGUUCACUACAUGGACGUGGCCAAAAUGCAGAGUGAGAAGAACUACAAGAAGGACUACCACAAGGCCAAGCUGAAGUAUCACUCCCCAGUGGACAUGAUGAGUCUUGCUCAUGCCAAACACGCCUCAGCAGUGCAGACCUUCGCUGGCUACAAGCAGCACCACCAUAAUUACGUUCUUCUGCCUGAUGCUAUGGGCCUGCAGCUUGCUCGCGACAUGAACCACAACUCCAGUGAUUACAAUUAUAAACUGGAUUAUGAGAACUCAGUCAAGGGAACUGGCUGGGUUCCCAUUGGCUCUCUGGACGUGGAGAAAGCUAAAAUGGCAGCAGCAGCCUUGGAUGAGAAAAAGUACAGGCAGCACCCUGACACCAUCAAGUUCACUAGUGUCACUGACUCCGUGAACAUGGAGUUAGCCAAGGCCAAUGCCAAGAUCAUGAAUAUGAAAGAGUAUAAGGCCAGUGGAGAGAAGUUCAUGCACACUUACCAUCUCCCUCCUGAUGUCCCUGAACUGAUGCAAGCCAGAUACAACGCUGUCAACAUCAGCCAGAAUUACUACACCUAUAAUCACCGUCAAGAUCUGCUCAAAGGACAUCAAGUGAAGGAAGAUGCCAUUCCAAUUGUUGCAGCAAAAACCUCUAGAGACAUUGCCAGUGAUUUCAAGUAUAAGCUGGCUUAUGAAAAGGCAAAAGGCCACCAUGUUGGCUUCCGCAGCCUCCAGGACGAUCCUCUGCUGGUUCACUACAUGGACGUGGCCAAAAUGCAGAGUGAGAAGAACUACAAGAAGGACUACCACAAGGCCAAGCUGAAGUAUCACUCCCCAGUGGACAUGAUGAGUCUUAGUCAUGCCAAACACGCCUCAGCAGUGCAGACCUUUGCUGGCUACAGAAAAAUCCCUCACAGCUACCUGCUUCUUCCUGACAACAUGCACCUGCAGCUGUGUCGGAGCAUGAUGGAAAUUCAGAGUGAUAAUGUUUACAAGUCAGAUUACACCAACUACCAUAAAGGCCUACCAUGGGUCCCUAUUGCUUCCCUGGAUGUUGAGAAGGCCAAAACCGCGGCAGCUGCGCUGGAUGAGAAGGGCUACCGCCAGCAUCCCAGUACUCUUAAGUUCACAAGCAAGACUGACGCCAUGCAGAUGGCUCUGGCUCUGGCCAAUUCGAAACAGUUGGACAAUGCUGCAUACAAAGCUUCGGGUGAGAAGUUCAUGCACACCUACAACCUGCCAGCUGAUUGCCCCGAGUUCCUCCAGGCUAAAUUUAAUGCCCAGACCCUCAGUGAGAGUCACUACAAGCACCAGUGGCUGGAGGAUAUUGCCAAGGGAUACGACAUGAAGCCUGAUGCUAUUCCUAUCCAACAUGCCAAGCAAGGCAGACAUAUUGCCAGCGAUGUCCAAUACAAACUGGCACAUGAGAAGGCAAAGGGCCACCAUGUUGGCUUCCGCAGCCUCCAGGAUGAUCCUCUGCUGGUUCACUACAUGGAGGUGGCCAAAAUGCAGAGUGAGAAGAACUACAAGAAGGACUACCACAAGGCCAAGCUGAAGUAUCACUCUCCAGUGGACAUGAUGAGUCUUGCUCAUGCCAAACACGCCUCAUCAGUGCAGACCUUUGCUGGCUACAGAAAGAUCCCUCACCAGCACUUACUUCUGCCUGACAACAUGCAACUGCAACUGUGUCGCACCAUGAACACGCAGUCAAGUGAUUAUAAUUAUAAAUCUGAUUGGAACAACUAUGUCAGAGGUACUGGGUGGAUCCCUAUUGGCUCACUUGCAGUUGAAACUGCAAGAGUUGGUGGUGAGAUUCAGAGUGAGAAGAAAUAUCGCACUCAUCCAUCCAACUUCAAGCACAGCAAGCUGAUGGACUCCAUGGACUUGACUCUGGCUACUGCCAACAACCAGAUCAUGAAUAAGAAAGCAUACACGGCAGCUUGGGAAAAGGACAAACUGACAGUCCAUGUCAUGCCAGAUGCUCCUGAGAUUGUCCUGGCCAAGGCUAAUGCCCUCAACAUGAGUGAAAAACUCUACAAAGCCGGUGUUGUGGAGAUGGCCAAUAAGGGCUACAACCUGAAAGCAGAUGCCAUUCCAAUUGUGGCUGCAAAGUCUGGUACCACUAUUGCCAGUAAUUACAACUACAAGCUGGCACAUGAGAAGGCAAAGGGCCAUCAUGUUGGCUUCCGCAGCCUCCAGGAUGAUCCUCUGCUGGUUCACUACAUGGAGGUGGCCAAAAUGCAGAGUGAGAAGAACUACAAGAAGGACUACCACAAGGCCAAGCUGAAGUAUCACUCUCCAGUGGACAUGAUGAGUCUUGCUCAUGCCAAACAUGCCUCCUCAGUACAGACCUUUGCUGGCUACAGAAAGAUCCCUCACCAGCACGUCCUUCUGCCUGACAACAUGCAACUGCAACUGUGUCGCACCAUGAACAUGCAGUCAAGUGAUUAUAAUUAUAAAUCUGAUUGGAACAACUAUGUCAGAGGUACUGGGUGGAUCCCUAUUGGCUCACUUGCAGUUGAAACUGCAAGAGUUGGUGGUGAGAUUCAGAGUGAGAAGAAAUAUCGCACUCAUCCAUCCAACUUCAAGCACAGCAAGCUGAUGGACUCCAUGGACUUGACUCUGGCUACUGCCAACAACCAGAUCAUGAAUAAGAAAGCAUACACGGCAGCUUGGGAAAAGGACAAACUGACAGUCCAUGUCAUGCCAGAUGCUCCUGAGAUUGUCCUGGCCAAGGCUAAUGCCCUCAACAUGAGUGAAAAACUUUACAAAGCCGGUGUUGUGGAAAUGGCCAAUAAGGGCUACAACCUCAAACCAGAUGCCAUCCCAAUUGUGGCUGCAAAGUCUGGUACCACUAUUGCCAGUAAUUACAAGUACAAGUUGGCUUAUGAGAAGACAAAGGGCCACCAUGUUGGCUUCCGCAGCCUCCAGGAUGAUCCUCUGCUGGUUCACUACAUGGAGGUGGCUAAAAUGCAGAGUGAGAAGAACUACAAGAAGGACUACCACAAGACCAAGCUGAAGUUUCACUCUCCAGUGGACAUGAUGAGUCUUGCUCAUGCCAAGCAUGCCUCUGCUGCCCAGACUAUGGCUGGAUACAGGAAGAUUAUCCCCUACUACACUGUGCUGCCUGAUGCAAUGAACCUGGAACUGGCUCGUCACAUGCAGCUCAUCGCCAGUGAUAACCAGUACAAGAGUGAUUAUGAAAACGUCGUAAAAGGAACAGGAUGGGUUCCUAUUGGAUCGCUGGAUGUUGAGAAAGCAAAACUAGCCGGUCACAUCUUCAGUGAGAAACAAUACCGUCACCAUCCUAGCAACUACGCAUUCACUAAGGACAUGCACUCCAUGGACCUGACACUGGCCACUGCCAACAACCACAUUAUGGAUAAGAAAUCCUACACCAAAGCCUGGGAGACAGACAAGACCUCAAUCCACAUCAUGCCUGAUGCAAUGGAAAUUGUUCUGGCCAGAGGAAACAAGAGAAACUACAGUGAGAAACUGUACAAAUUGGACAAUGAGCUGUCCAAGAAGAAGGGCCAUAAUCUUCAUGCUGAUGCUAUUCCUAUCCAGGCUGCAAAAGCCUCCACUGUUAUUGCUAGUGAUUAUAAGUACAAGACAGGAUACCGCAAGCAGGUUGGUCACCACAUCGGUGCUCUCAGCAUUCAAGACGACCCUCUGCUCAUGCUGGCUCUGAACUCAGCCAAGAUUGCCAGUGAUGCCUUGUACAAGAAGGACUUCAACAAGUCCAAGACCAGGUUCCACCUGCCAGUUGACAUGAUGGCAUUUGAACUGGCCAAGAAGAACCAGAUUCAGGUCAACCACGCCAACUACAUCACCCGUCUGCACAACUGGACUUGCCUGCCAGACUCCACUGAUGUGGUCCUGGCCAGACAUGCAUAUGACCUACAGAGUGAUGCUGUUUACAAGGCAGAACUGAAGGUGCUGCAGGGCAUUGGCUGGGUGCCUAUAGGUUCAUUGGAUGUUGAGAAGGCGAAGAAAGCUGGUGAGAUCCUGAGUGAGAAAAUGUAUCGUCAGCACCCAAGCAACUACAAGUUCAAAGUCUCUACUGAAGACAUGUCCUUGGCGCUGGCUAAGGCUAACGCCCAUGUUAUGAACAAGAAAGCAUACACUGACGCCUGGGAGACUGAGAAAACCAAGAUCCACGUUAUGCCUGAUGCUAUGGAGGUUGUUCUAGCCAAAGCAAAUAAUGUCCACUACAGCGUGAAUAAGUACAAGCAGGCAUAUGAAGAUGCCAAGAAGGACGGCUACGAACUGCGCAAUGAUGCCAUUUCCAUCGUUGCAGCCAAGGCUUCCAGGGACAUUGCCAGUGAUUUCAAAUACAAGACAGGAUACCGUAAGCAGGUUGGACACCAUGUUGGUGCUCGCAGCAUCCAAGACGACCCUCUGCUCAUGCUGGCUCUGAACUCAGCCAAGAUUGCCAGUGAUGCCUUGUACAAGAAGGACUUCAACCAGUCCAAGACCAGGUUCCACCUGCCAGUUGACAUGAUGGCCUUUGAACUGGCCAAGAAGAACCAGAUUCAGGUCAACCACGCCAACUACAUCACCCGUCUGCACAACUGGACUUGCCUGCCAGACUCCACUGAUGUGGUCCUGGCCAGACAUGCAUAUGACCUACAGAGUGAUGCUGUUUACAAGGCAGAACUGAAGGUGCUGCAGGGCAUUGGCUGGGUGCCUAUAGGUUCAUUGGAUGUUGAGAAGGCGAAGAAAGCUGGUGAGAUCCUGAGUGAGAAAAUGUAUCGUCAGCACCCAAGCAACUACAAGUUCAAAGUCUCUACUGAAGACAUGUCCUUGGCGCUGGCUAAGGCUAACGCUCAUGUUAUGAACAAGAAAGCAUACACUGACGCCUGGGAGACUGAGAAAACCAAGAUCCACGUUAUGCCUGAUGCUAUGGAGGUUGUUCUAGCCAAAGCAAAUAAUGUCCACUACAGCGUGAAUAAGUACAAGCAGGCAUAUGAAGAUGCCAAGAAGGACGGCUACGAUCUGCGCAAUGAUGCCAUUUCCAUUGUCGCAGCCAAGGCUUCCAGGGACAUUGCCAGUGAUUUCAAAUACAAGACAGGAUACCGUAAGCAGGUUGGUCACCACAUCGGUGCUCUCAGCAUCCAAGACGACCCUCUGCUCAUGCUGGCUCUGAACUCAGCCAAGAUUGCCAGUGAUUACCUGUACAAGAAGGACUUCAACAAGUCCAAGACCAGGUUCCACCUGCCAGUGGACAUGAUGGCAUUUGAACUGGCCAAGAAGAACCAGAUUCAGGUCAACCACGCCAACUACAUCACCCGUCUACACAACUGGACUUGCCUGCCAGACUCCACUGAUGUGGUCCAGGCCAGACAUGCAUAUGACCUACAGAGUGAUGCUGUUUACAAGGCAGAACUGAAGGUGCUGCAGGGUAUUGGCUGGGUGCCUAUAGGUUCAUUGGAUGUUGAGAAGGCGAAGAAAGCUGGUGAGAUCCUGAGUGAGAAAAUGUAUCGUCAGCACCCAAGCAACUACAAGUUCAAAGUCUCUACUGAAGACAUGUCCUUGGCGCUGGCUAAGGCUAACGCUCAUGUUAUGAACAAGAAAGCAUACACUGACGCCUGGGAGACUGAGAAAACCAAGAUCCACGUUAUGCCUGAUGCUAUGGAGGUUGUUCUAGCCAAAGCAAAUAAUGUCCACUACAGCGUGAAUAAGUACAAGCAGGCAUAUGAAGAUGCCAAGAAGAAGGGCUACGAUCUGCGCAAUGAUGCCAUUUCCAUUGUUGCAGCCAAGGCUUCCAGGGACAUUGCCAGUGAUUUCAAAUACAAGACAGGAUACCGUAAGCAGGUUGGCCACCACAUCGGUGCUCGCAGCAUCCAAGAUGAUCCUCUGCUCAUGCUGGCUCUGAACUCAGCCAAGAUUGCCAGUGAUGCCUUGUACAAGAAGGACUUCAACAAGUCCAAGACCAAGUUCCACCUGCCAGUGGACAUGAUGGCCUUUGAACUGGCCAAGAAGAACCAGAUUCAAGUCAACCACGCCAACUACAUCACCCGUCUGCACAACUGGACUUGCCUGCCAGACUCCACUGAUGUGGUUCAGGCCAGACAUGCAUAUGACAUACAGAGUGAUGCUGUCUACAGAGCUGAAUUGAAGUGGCUUCAGGGUAUGGGCUGGGUCCCCAUCGGCUCACUUGAUGUGGAGAAAGCCAAGAAGGCAGGAGAGAUUUUGAGUGAGAAGAAGUACCGCCAACACCCCAGCACCAAUCCCUUCACCAUCUCAACCCAGGCCAUGGGCAUCGAACUGGCAAAGCAUAAUGCUUUGACCAUGAACAAGCGUCUCUACAUCGAGGCAUGGGAGAAGGAUAAGACCAAGCUGCAUGUCAAACCCGACACUCCUGAGAUCCUCCUCUCUAAGCAGAAUGCCAUCAACAUGAGCAGGAAACACUACAGACAAGGUUUUGAGGCCACCAUUCAGAAGGGUUAUCACCUACCGGUAGAUGCAAUCUCUGUCACGUCUGCUAAGGCAUCCAGGGACAUUGUUAGUGAUUUCAAAUACAAGACAGGAUACCGUAAACAAGUUGGUCACCACAUCGGUGCUCGCAGCAUCCAAGACGACCCUCUGCUCAUGCUGGCUCUGAACUCAGCCAAGAUUGCCAGUGAUGCCCUGUACAAGAAGGACUUCAACAAGUCCAAGACCAGGUUCCACCUGCCAGUGGACAUGCUGAGUCUUGAACUGGCUAAGAAAUGCCAGAUUCAGGUCAACCACGCCAACUACAUCACCCGCCUUCACCAGUGGACUUGUCUGCCAGACUCUAAUGAUGUGGUCCAGGCCAGGAAAGCCUAUGAUCUUCAAAGUGAUGCUGUAUACAAAUCUGAGAUGGACGAUAUUAGAGGUGUAGGGUGGGUCCCCAUUGGUUCACUGGAUGUGUUGAAGGCCAAGCAUGCUGCAAAAAUUCUUAGUGACCGUCUCUACAAGCAGAAACCAGACACACUGAAAUAUAAAACUGACAUGACUUCCAUGUCCAUGGCCUUAGCCACAGCAAAUGCUGAUAUAAUGAACAAGAAAAAAUACAUCUCUGCUUGGGAGGCUGACAAGGUUAAAAAUCAUGUUCCCCAUGACAUGCCUGAGCUGUUGCUUGCUAAAGCUAAUGCUCACAACAUCAGCAAGAAAUUAUACAGGGAAGCUGUUGAGGAGACUUUCAGAAAGGGCUAUGACCUUAAAGCUGAUGCUGUUUCUGUUGUUGCUGCCAAACACGGAAGAGAUAUCAUCAGUGAUUACAAAUACAAGACAGGAUAUCGUAAGCAGGUUGGCCACCACAUCGGUGCUCGCAGCAUCCAAGACGACCCUCUGCUCAUGCUGGCCCUGAACUCAGCCAAGAUUGCCAGUGAUGCCUUGUACAAGAAGGACUUCAACAAGUCCAAGACCAAGUUCCACCUGCCAGUGGACAUGCUGAAUCUUGAACUGGCCAAGAAAUGCCAGAUGCAAGUUAAUGAUUUCAACUACAGAACUCAUCUGCACAACUGGACCUGCCUACCAGACUCCACUGAUGUGGUCCAGGCCAGAAAGGCCUAUGACCUGCAGAGUGAUGCUGUGUACAAGGCUGACAUGCAAUGGGUCAAGGGAACAGGUUGGGUGCCAAUUGGUUCCAUUGAUGUGGAGAAAGCUAAGAAGGCAGCAGAGAUCCUGAGUGAAAGGAAGUACCGUCAGCAUCCCAGCAACUUCAAAUUCACUGCCCACACAACUGACAUGCCAUUUGCCCUUGCUCAGGCCAAUGCACAUAUCAUGGACAAGAAAGCUUAUGUUUCUGCCUGGGAGACUGAUAAAACCAACAUUCACAUCAUGCCUGACACCCCAGAGAUCCUCCUGGCCCACCAGAACAGACUCAACACCAGUCUGAAACAUUACCGUGAAGGCUUUAUGGACACCAUCAACAAAGGCUACCACCUUCCCAAAGAUGCAAUUUCUGUUUUAUCAGCCAAAGCCCACCGGGACAUUGCCAGUGAUUACAAAUACAAGGCUGGUUUCCGCAAGCAGUGUGGUCAUCAUGUUGGAGCCCUUAGUGUUAACGAUGACCCACUGAUUAUGUUGGCCGCUCAUGUAGCCAAGAUCUCCAGUGACAACAUCUACAAGAAGGACUUCAACAAGACCAAGACCAAGUUCCACCUGCCAGUUGACAUGCUGACAAUUGAACUGGCCAAGAAAUGCCAGAUCCAAGUGAAUGAUUUCAACUACAGAACUCAUCUGCACAACUGGACCUGCCUACCAGACUCCAAUGAUGUGGUUCAAGCUAGAAAGGUCUACGAUCUACAGAGUGAUGCUGUAUACAGAUCUGACCUGGAGUGGCUUAGAGGAUGUGGCUGGUCACCUCAGGACUCUGUGGAUGUUCUCAAAGCUAGACAUGCCCAGACUAUUCUCAAUGAAAGGCUCUAUCGCCAGCACCCAAGCACAGUCAAAUUCACCAGUGCCGUCGACCUACCGUCUAUUAUCUUGUCCAAGCAAAACGCUGAACACCUCAGUGAUUGGAAAUAUAGAGAAGUCUGGGAUAAAGACAAGCUCAAAAUUCAUCUGCCACCUGACACCCCCACCUUUGAACUGUCCAAGGCCAAUGCUAUCCAUAUCAGCAAUAAACUGUACACAAAGGAAUGGGAUGAUGAGAAGGCCAAAGGCUAUCAUAUCAAGGAGGAUGCUAUCUCUGUGCUUAAGGCUAAAGCUUCCAGAGAUAUUGCUAGUGAUUACAAGUACAAAGACGGAUACCGUAAGCAAGUUGGCCACCACAUCGGAGCCCUCAGCGUCAAUGACGACCCACUGAUAGUGCUGGCUAUGAACUCAGCCAAGAUUGCCAGUGAUGCCCUGUACAAGAAGGACUUCAACAAGUCCAAGACCAAGUUCCACCUGCCAGUGGACAUGCUGAAUCUUGAACUGGCCAAAAAAUGCCAGAUGCAAGUUAAUGAUUUCAACUACAGAACUCAUCUGCACAACUGGACCUGCCUACCAGACUCCACUGAUGUGGUCCAGGCCAGAAAGGCCUAUGACCUGCAGAGUGAUGCCGUGUACAAGGCUGAUCUGGAGUGGUUACGCGGAUGUGGAUGGAUGCCACAUGAAUCUGUGAAUGUUAUGCAGGUCAAGCACGCACAGCAGAUCCUGGCUGAUAGGGGCUACCGUGUCAAGUUGGAUGAGCAAAAAUUCAUAGUUCCAGCUGACAGAGUCGACUUGGCCUGUGCCAAGCAUGCUGCUGACGUCCUCAAUGAGGUCAAAUAUCGUGAGGCUUGGCAUCAGGAAAAGACAAAGUACUCACUGGUGGACACUCCAACUCUUGCCACAGCCAGAGAGGUGGCUAAGAAUGUUCACCCAAAACUGUACACCAAAGAGUGGGAUAAGGUCAAAGCCACAGGCUACUUCAUGCCUGGAGAUGCUGUACCAAUCAAGCAGUGCAUCCAUACGUCUAAAGUACAAAGUCAACAUAAGUACCAUGAGGGAUACCGUAAGCAAGUUGGCCACCACAUCGGUGCUCUCAGCAUCCAAGACGACCCUCUGCUCAUGCUGGCUCUAAACUCAGCCAAGAUUGCCAGUGAUGCCCUGUACAAGAAGGACUUCAACAAGUCCAAGACCAAGUUCCACCUGCCAGUGGACAUGCUUAGUCUGGAACUGGCCAAAAAAUGCCAGAUCCAAGUUAAUGAUUUCAACUACAGAACUCAUCUGCACCAGUGGACUUGUAUGCCAGACCAGAACGAUGUCAUCCAGGCCCGUAAAGCCUAUGAUCUACAAAGUGAUAAUGUGUACAAGGCUGAUUUGGAAUGGCUUCGUGGAUGUGGAUGGGUCGCAGCUGACUCUGUUGAACACGUCAAGGUCAAGAAGGCUCAGGAGAUUCUCAACGAUAGGCUUUAUAAGAAGAAUGCCAAAGAUGGAUUUGGAAAAUUCACCCUGGAUGCAGAGUUCCCUGAUAUCGCAUUGGCAAAGAUAAAUGCUGCCAAUCUCAGCGAUCUGAAGUACAAAGAGACCUUCAAUGCAGAAAAGGGUCAUUACAUUGGUUCAGAUGACACUCCUCUACUGGCCCAUAGCAGGGAGGUGUCUAAGCACAUCAGUGAGAAACACUACAAACUGGAAUGGGACAAGAGUAAGGCUACAGGCUACCAUCUGGACCAUGAAUACAUCCCUGUUGUUAGUGGCAAGAAGGGCAGGGAGAUUGCAAGUGAUGCCAAGUACAAAGAUGCCCAUGAAAAAGCCAAAGGUCACUAUAUGGCUGGGACCCUGGUGGACUUCCCUGAAGUGAUGCGAUGUGGAGAGCAGGAGAAAAACAAGGGCCUGAGGCUCUACCACAAAGAUUACCAUCAAAGCAAGCUCAAGACCCACAUCCCACCUGACGUAAUUGCUAACCAGGUAGCUAAGAGGUGCCAGGACAUGCUGAGUGAUGUCAUCUACCGCACCUACCUGCACCAGUGGACUUGUCAUCCUGAUCAGGAGGAUGCCAUCCGUGCCCGCAAGACCAACGAGAUUCUCAGUGAUGUGUUCUACAAGGAAGACCUGACCUGGAUGAAGGGGAUUGGUUGCUAUGUGUGGGACACGCCAGAGAUUAUACGUGCCAAAAAGGCCUACGAGCUGCAGAGUGAUCUUAAAUACAGAGAGGAUGCCAAGAAAGAAUACAACAAUUAUUCCAUUGUGACAGACACCCCAGUCUAUGUGACUGCUGUCCUGGGUCACACCUGGGCCAGUGAGCUGAACUACAGGGAGGCUUAUCAAAAGGAGAAGCACCAGUAUACCACUGUUCUGGAUACAUACGAUUAUGCCAGAUGCCACAACUUCAAAUACUUCUUCAGCAACAAAAACUACACUGCUGCCUGGGACACAAUCAAAGCCAAGGGCUACCACAUUCCACAUGACUCACAUGCCUUGCAGCAUGCCAAACAACAGAAGAUCAUUCUCAGCGGCGUGAAGUAUAAGGAGGAUUAUGAGAAGUUCAAAUCCCUCUACAGUUUGCCCAAGUCUCUUGAGGAUGAUCCUGCCACUGCUCGUUGUGUCAAAGCUGGAAAGCUGGUCCUUGAUCGUCUGUACAGGCAGGACUAUGAGAAGACCAAGGCCAAGAACCAUAUCCCACCAGACAUGCUGGAUAUCUUGUCUGCCCGCAACACCCAGUCCACCGUUAGUGGGAUACACUACCGCAAGUAUCUCCAUCAGUGGAUAUGCCUUCCUGACAUGCAGAUGUAUGUCCAAGCACGCAAAGUCAGCGAGCAGCUCAGUGACAUCUUCUACAAGGAUGACUUGAACUGGCUGAGGGGCAUCGGCUGCUAUGCCUGGGACACACCGGAGAUCAUCCGUGUCAAGCAUGCUGGUGAUCUUCAGAGCGAGCACAAGUACAGAGCCAAAGGUGUUGAGGCUUUCAAGGACUAUUCAGUGGUGAUGGAGACUCCAGAGUAUGAGACGGCCAAGCAGAACGCUCAAAACCUGAGCGAUCUGCACUAUCGCUAUGAUUACCACACCAAUGUCAAGGGAACCAACACUUCUCCUGCUGUCACUAUUGAUACAGAGAGGGCACGCCUGGCAAACUACAUCCAGAGUGAUAACUGGUACAAGGAAGCCAACAAGCACGCCAUGCCCACCGGAUACUCCUUGCCCAGUGACACCCCUCUCAUCAAGCAGGUUAAGAUGAACAGCCAUGUCAGCAGCGAUGCGAAGUACAAGGCGGCCUAUGAGAUGAUGAAGGCUAAGGCCUACACUCUUCAUCCAGAGGGAGUCAACUUCGUCAACGCAAGGAAUGCUAGCAAGAUCAUUAACGAGCGUCUGUAUCGUGCGGACUACCACAAGAAAAAGGACAAGAUCCACACAACCUACGACACCCCUGAAAUUAAACAAGUCAAGAUGAACCAGGACAAUCUCAGCGACUUGUGCUACAAAGAGAAAUACUACAAUACUAGAGGACAGCUGAUCCCUAUGCCCAUUACACCUGAGCUGAUGCACUGCUACCACGUCAAUGAGAUCACCAGCGAGCUAAGAUACAAAGAAGAUUUGUUGUGGCUAAGAGGCAUUGGCUGCUUCUUGUAUGACACCCCAGAGAUGGUCCACAUCCGCAGCAUCACCAAACAAAGGGCCAACUAUCCAGUGGAAGCUAAGAAGAACCUUUCCAAGUUUUCCGUGGUCCUUGACACACCAGAGUACCAGCGUGUGUCUGAGCUGAAGACCCACAUGAGCAACCUGAUCUACAAAGCCCAUAGCAAAGAAGAAAUGGCUAAAGUCAGCACCACUGUGGACUCUGUGGACAUCCAGAGAGCCAAAUGGGCCCAGCAGCUGACUAAUAAGUUCGAGUACACGGACCUUGCUCAUAAAGAAAGAGCCCAUUUUACCCCAGAAAUGGAAACUCCAGACUUGGACCAUGCUAGAAAAAUGAAAAUAGUCCAAAGUGAUCUCAAGUACAAAGAUCAGUAUGAGAAGAUGAAGCACAGGUACACUGCCAUUGCUGAUACACCCCUCCUGGUCCGUGCCAAGAAAGCCUACCUCCAGUCCAGUGAUCUGCGCUACAAAGAGACCUUCGAGUUCUCUAAGGGCCACUACCUUACUGUCAAGGAUGCUCUGGACAUCACCUACCACCGCAGAGUCACAGACGACAUCAGUGAGGUUAAAUACAGGCAAAAGUACAUUAAAUCUCUGGGUACAUGGAAGUCCAUCCCCGACCGUCCUGAGUUCUUCUUCAGCAGAAUUGCCAGCGAUAACAUCAGCGAUAUCAAGUACAAGGAAGACCUGGAUUGGCUGAAGGGUAUUGGCUGCUUUGUGUGGGACACACCUGAGCUGGUGCAGGCUGAAAGAAACAAGACACUGUACAGUGAGAGACUGUACAAAACCUCCUUUGAGAAGAAUAGAGGCAACUUCAAGUAUACCUGUGACACUCCAUUCUUCCAGGCUGCCAAACAAGCCUCCAUGCUCAUCAAUGAUAGAAUCUACAAAGCUGGUUAUAUGAAGACCAAAGAUAAGUUCACCGUAACUACAGAUGAUCCUAGAUACCAACUGGCCAGGGAAAACAGGAAGAUGAGCCAGUGGAGGUACAGGGAGCAGUAUGAGCGUGCCAAGGAUAAGUUCACAUCCGUUCUGGACACUCCAGAGUACGAGACCCACAAACGCAGCAAGAAGAUCAGCGAUAUCAUUUACAAAAUGGAGUACAACAAGACCAAGGCUAAGGGAUACACCAUGCCUUAUGACACUCCAUACCAACAGCACAUGAAGAAAGUCAAGGAGAUCACUAGCACUCUGAAGUAUAAAGAGGUGUAUGAGAAGAGCAAGGCCCAGAUCAACAUGGACCCUGAGGCUCAUGAGAUUCGUGCUGCCAAGGAGGCUUACAAAAACAUCAGCAAUCUCAACUACAGGAAGAAGUAUGAAGCCACUAAGAACAAGUGGAUCUGGACAGCAGACAGACCCGACUUUGUCAAUGCUGCAAGGAACACUUUGCAACAGAGUGAUGUUGAGUACAAGUAUGACAAGGAGAUGAUGAAGGGCUGUGUGAUACCGGUGGUUGAUGACAAGUUAACAGUCCUGGCUAAGAAGAAUGCUGAAAUGGCCAGUGAUGUGAAGUAUAAAGCGAAGUAUGAAAAGUCAAAGGGCCACUAUGUGCCCGUUCUGGACACUCCUCAAAUCCUCCAUUCUAAGGCUGUGCGCACUCUGGUGUCAGAAAGCAAAUACAAGGAGGCCAGUAAGAAGGAAAUGCAGUCUGGCUCAUUCACCACCCUGUCCGAGACUCGCGAUACUGCCCACAGCAAGGAGAUCAACAAGCUUGUCAGCGGGAAAUUGUACAAAGCGAAGUUUGAGAAGGAGAAGGGCAAGUCAGUGUAUAACCUCAUGACUACUCCACCUGAUGUUAAGCAUGCCAUGGAGGUGGCCAAAAACCAGAGCAGCGUUGCCUACAAGAAGGAUGCCAAAGCCAACUUGCACUACACUACUGUGGUGGACCGACCUGACAUCAAGAAGGCUACCCAGGCUGCCAGACUCAUCAGCGAUAUUGGCUACCGUAACAAGGCCCGUGAGGAGGCCAGUCGUGGAGGUUCUCUGGCCCACCGCCCAGACAUCGCACUGGCCACUGAGGUGUCCAAGCUGACCAGCCAGGUGAAGUACAAGGAGAAGUUUGAUAAGGAGAUGAAAGGAAAGAGGCCACAAUAUGACCUGAAGGAGAGUAAGAUUUACAAGACUUUGAAGGAUGCCAAUGAUCUGGCUAGUGAGGUGAAGUACAAAGGGGAUCUGAAGAAGAUCCACAAGCCUGUGACCGACAUGGCUGAGUCUCUUUCCAUGCAGCACAGCCUGAGCACCAGCAAAUUGUCCAGCGACUACCGCUACAAGAAGAAAUUUGAGGAGAGUAAGGGUCACUACCAUAUGAUUCCUGACACACCAGAACAGCUUCAUCUCAAGGAGGCUUCUGAACUUCAGAGCAACGUGAAGUACAAGGAGAAGUAUGAGAGGGAGAAGGGCAAGCCCAUGCUGGACUUUGAGACUCCCACAUAUGUGACUGCUAAGGAGGCUCAGCACAUGCAAAGCCAGAAAGACUAUAAGAAGGACUUUGAGGAGUACAUGAGGGGCACGAACCUCUCAGGCUUGGAGGUCACCCCUGCCAUGAUACAUGUCAGACACGCCACCAAAAUAGCCAGCGAGAGAGAAUACAGGAGGGAUCUAGAGGAGGGAGUGAAGGGUAAAGGGCUAACUGUGCUGGAGGAAACUCCGGAGCUUUUGAGAGCAAGGAAUGCCACUCAAAUCCUGUGUGAGAGAGAGUACAAGAAAUCACUGGAGCAGGAGAUAAAGGGCAAGGGAAUGUUGGCUUUGGCUACGGACACCCCAGACUUCAUGAGGGCGAGGAAUGCUACUGACAUCCUCAGUCAGGCUAAGUACAAGCAGACCGCUGAGAUGGACAGAUCCAGCUACACAACUGUCAUUGACACUCCGGACAUCCUCCAUGCUCAGCAGAUGAAGAACAUUGUCAGCCAGAAAAAGUACAAAGAGGAGGCUGAGAAGACCAUGUCUCACUAUGUGCCGGUUCUGGACACUCCAGAGAUGCAGAGAGUCCGUGAGAACCAGAAGAACUUCAGCACUCUUCAAUACCAGAUUGACCUUAAAAACAUAAAAGGCAAAGUGUCUGCUGUAAAGGACACUCCUGAAAUGCUUCGUGUUAAAGAAAAUACAAAGAAUUUCAGCUUGAUUCAGUACAAAGAGGAUUUGGGAGGUGGAACAGCUUUGCCUGAGACCCCUGAGAUGGAGAGAGUUAAACGCAACCAGCAGAACAUUAGCACGAUACAAUACAAGGAUUCUCUGAGUCAAGGCACAGCCAUACCAGAUCUUCCUGAGGUGAAGCGAGUCCGAGAAACCCAGAAGAAUAUCAGCUCGCUUCAAUACAAAGAAGACGUGGGACAAGGCACAUCAGUAUCAGAGACCCCAGAGAUGGAGAGAGUUAAACGCAAUCAGCAAAAUAUUAGCACGAUAAAAUACAAGGACUCUCUGGGUGGAGGCACAGCUAUACCAGACCUCCCUGAGGUGAAGCGGGUCAAAGAAACCCAGAGGCACAUCAGCUCGGUGUUGUAUAAGGACAGUUCAGCCAAGGGAACUCCUGUGGUGUUUACUCCAGAGAUGGAGCGGGUCAAAAGGAACCAAGAAAACAUUAGCUCGGUCCUGUACUCGGACAGUUUCCGUAAGCAGGUCCAGGGCAAGGCCGCCUUCGUCCUGGACACACCUGAGAUGAGGCGCGUCAGGGAGACCCAGCGCAUCAUUUCUGGAGUGAGAUACCACGAGGACUUUGAGAAGAACAAGGGCAGCUUCACUCCCACCACCUCUGACCCUGUGACAGAGCGUGUGAAGAAGAAUACACAGGAUUUCAGCGACAUCAGCUACCGUGGCAUCCAGAGGCGUGUGGUGGAGAUGGAGAGGAGACGCGCCAUUGAGCACGACCAGGAGACCAUCACUGAUCUGCGCGUGUGGCGCACAAACCCUGGCUCUGUGUUUGACUACGACCCUGCUGAGGACAACAUCCAGUCCAGGAGUCUGCACAUGAUGUCAGUUCAAGCUCAGCGUCGCAGCAAGGAGCACUCCCGCUCCACCAGCGCUUUGAGCGGCAUGGCUGACGAAAAGUCAGAGAUGUCUCAGGAUGGUGACCACCACCUGUCCCUCUACAGCAAUGGCUUUGGUGCCUCCUCUAUGGGUUACCAGCAUGCUAAGACUGUGGAGCUGCAGCAGAGGUCAUCAUCAGUGGCCACCCAGCAGACCACAGUCUCCUCUGUCCCCUCACACCCCUCCACCACAGGGAAAACUGUGCGCGCCAUGUAUGACUACGGCGCAGCCGACAGUGAUGAGGUGUCCUUCAAGGAUGGCGACGUCAUCGUGAACGUGCAGUCCAUCGACGAGGGAUGGAUGUAUGGUACUGUGCAGCGCACCGGCAAGACCGGCAUGCUGCCAGCCAACUACGUUGAAGCAAUUUAAAGACAAAGCCCGCCUACCUCCCUCAGGAGUGGGCGAGACACAUCCACAGGGCCAACUCAUUGGUCUUCCUCCAGCGAUCACAACUGUGGCUUAGUGCAAUGUGUAGUUUUCAGUCUGUCAUAGCUCUGUAAGUGUAUUUUUAUUGUAUUGUAAUUCUCCUUUGUAUGUCUGUUAUCAUUCAUAUGCUGUUGCUGCUGUUGCCUGUGGAUGUGACAUAAGCAUCUCAAACAUGACGCAUAUAAAUAUUUCUGAUUAUACAUACUAAUCCUAUGAUGAAUGACAGACUAUUUACGAUUGUUUUGACUUUUAAAACAAGACUCGCCCACAUAUACGUCCUGGCCCGUUAUUAUGUAAAUCUCAAAAAUAUUUAAAAUAUAUUUUGUCAGAGUUGUAUCGAGAGAGUAUUUUCUCAUAUAAACAAUGGCAGUACCAGUUAAGCCUUUAAUGGCAAUUCUAUGGAGAGAAAAAAAUCUAACAACAAAGAAAUGAUUAAAAUAAUGAAAGCCAGAAGGAGUCAUCACCUUUGACCUCCUCCAUGAUCGAACCACUUCUGAAGAGAGUUUAAUGAGACAAGCCCCGGUCUUCCCUCCUUUACUGAAGGCUGGCCACUAGUAGAAUGUGUGUUUUGUUUCUUCCGAUUAUCUAGGUCCUGGAGUAAAGGACAUCCUCUACCUUUAAUCAGUAGCUAAUAAAGCACACCAAGCUCCUGCA